AUGCAGGUCGUCAUCCUCUUCCCGCUCCUUUUACUCCUCACUCAAUCCCAACUAUCCCUUGCUCAAGUCGUAUUGGGUAUCAAUGUGCCUUCUGACGCAUUACCUUCACCCACCGAAAUCACCCCCCAACCUACUGAUUCGGUCACACCGACUGAGACUACCGAUGGUAAAACUGCCAGUGCGACUAUAACGGAGUUCGUGAUGCCCACACCCAUUCAAGCUGGAGUGAAGUACAUGAAAGCCAAGGAAGAUAAAUGUGGGGAAUGGGGUUGCGGGAGGGUAAUGUCUUCUGACCAAGCAUCAUGUUAUCCCGCUGUUACAUCAUGGGGAUACCAAUCGAUGAAUUGCGGAUAUGGUCAUACGAGAAAUUCUCAAGGUAAUUGUCAAGCUCAGGGUUGGUAUGAUACUCAGUGGGGAUGUUAUGAGACAACGAUCAUACAAGAAACUACUUCUGUCAUUCAGGAAUGUUAUGCGUCGACUGAAACGAAGACUGAACAGAUCACAAUGACGGAAACUGCUACGAUGACCGAGACCAAAGCUGAAGUGUCAACAGUCACCGAGACAGUCAAUCAAACCAUAACCGAGACUUUCCCUAUGACUCUCACUGCGACAGCUACCGAAUUAUCAACUCAGAUCCAAGCGACAACCGAAGUUCAAACGAUGACUGAGACUGUCGUACAUAACGUUACAUCAACACAGAUGGUAACGGAGACACAAACUAGUGUACAGACAAUGACUGUCAAUCAUACCCUGACGGAGACUAUGACUAAGACCGAGAGUGUCCCUGUUACCAUGGUAGAGACACUUUUCAGUACAAUGGUCGUACCCACCACUGUUGUACAGACGGAAGUACAAACUGCUCGAGUGACAGACAUAGUGACGAAGAAUGAGACUCAAACUCAGACUCAAACUCAUCUAGCUACCCAGACUGAGAAAGUCACGGAGACUCAAAUAGCCACGGAGACAGCUAUACAGACUGCCAUUCAAACUGUCAAAGAGACACAGCUCCAGAAUGUUACUGCCACUCAAACUGAAAAGGCAAUCGAAACUCAAGUACAGACUGUUACGGACACAGCUGUAUCGGUAGUCGUAUCCGCCACAACAGAAGUUCAAGUUGCCACUGCAACGCUCCAACGAAAUUCUACCGAGACUCUGAUCUCUACUGCUCUAGCAACGGAAACAGCUACAGCUACAGCUACAGCGACCAUCACAGCGGCUGCGACUCUGACUGAACAAGCAACAAUUACUGCUCUAGCCACUGCAACAGUAACGGAGACUGUAGCAGCUGCGGUAGAUGCCAGCGCGCUAUCAAGUUGUCAGAUGAGCUGUUCAUCUGCAUUUGGGUGGUCAUACAGUACUCAAGCAGCUUAUGCCGAGACUACACAAGCUUAUGGAGGCAGCUACGAUCAGCAAAGUGAAAGUAGCAGUGAUGGAGGGUAUUAG